AUGACUUUGAUGGAACAGACCUCUACAGUGGAACCAGUCUAUGGUGAAUGUGAAUGCGUGAAGGAAGUAGUGGAAGAGAAGUGCAUCUCACCAAUUGACAACGAAGGAAAGUACUGCCGUGCCCUCAUGACCAGUACAAUGGAUCCUGUCGGCAGUGUUUGCAUCGAAGUAUUGGAGAACCCAAUGCAACUGGAAAUCACUGUUACUGCCAAGGAUGACUACAGCCUUGUUAAGAGUUCUCUGUGGGUUGGCGAGGAUGCCAGUCUGAUACCGGAGGAUGACACUGGCAUUCCAGAUUAUCCCAACUUCCCUUACACUUGGACCAACACCAAUGAAGAAACCUUGGAAAUCACUUGUCCUGGUCAACAGAUCAAGUACAUGCAAUGUGGACAUGACAGACUUUGGUUUGACUGUGGUUUCGCAAGUCACAGUUGA